CCCAUUGGACUGAAGUGGCGAUCAUCUGUCUGGUUUAUAACGCUCGGUCGGUGUUUCUCGACACAGUGUGCCAGAGUUGCUACGGACAUGAUCAUCUACUCGAUUGUCAUUCCUGUCCUCCCAUUUCACCUGGAACAUCUUGGAUACAGCGGCAUCUCAAGCUUGGUAGGAUACCUAUUGUUUGCAUACUCAGGAGGCCUCGUGAUAUCCACUCCGGUGAUUGUUUGGAUUUCUGAGCGUUGGACAUCGCGGCAAGCGCCUUUAAUCAGUGGCCUGGUCGCGCUUAUAUGCUCGCAAGUGAUGCUCAUGGAAGCUCGAGCUUACUGGGUAAUGGCAGUCGCUCGAGUCAUCCAAGGAAUGAGUUCCUCCAUGGUGUGGACUGUCGGACUCGCAUUAUUAUGCGAUACUGCACCAGAACAUUAUCUUGGUCAACAACUCGGCCUUGCAACGUCAGGGCUGUCCUUAGGCCUCCUCAUCGGUCCUCCCGUUGGUGGGGGAUUGUACUCGCGAUUUGGUUUCAGAGCACCAUUCAUAUUCAGUAUCACAAUUACGGCCCUCGAUUUGAUUGGGCGUCUACUUAUCAUCGAGCGUAAAGAUGCCCUCUCGUGGGGAACGGGCCCUGCAGUCUGCAUAAUACCCGAUGAAGAAUCUCAUCGAACCUCCAUAAACAGCAAUACUGCCUCUGUCAAUGGUGCAUCAAAAUCGAGCCCAAGCAUAGACCACCCAGAGCUCAUUGCGGCACACACUUCUGAUGAUUCUGUGGGACCAAAGAUAUCCCAAAUGACGUCAAUUUGGAGUCUCUUGAUGUCUCCCAGAGCAUUGACAGCAAUGAUCAACACGCUCAUCCUUGGGUAUGUUCCACUUGCGGCUAGUCAAGAACCCGCUCUUCCCUUGCAUCUUCAAGACGUUUGGGGUCUUGACUCGUCCGGAGUCGGCCUUGUUUUUAUAGCAGCUGUUGUGCCCACUUUAUUCUCCACACCAAUUGCUGGAUGGUUUGCGGAUCGCAAAGGCGCCGAGUGGAUAACUAUAUUAUGCAUGGCCUUCGCCUUGCCAUUUUGGAUCCUCAUCACCAUCGAGGGCAAACUCCCUUUCUUUGUUGUGACAUUUUCUUUCGAAAACUUGUUCACGUCCGCCAUGGUUGCCCCACUCACGACUGAAUUGGCUUUGGUGUCGAAAACAUUGGAGGGUGUCGGCUGCAAGUCCUAUGCCCAUGUGUAUGGUGCAUAUAACCUGGCGUACGGGAUCGGCUCAUCCAUCGGCCCAAUUGUCGGCGGCCGUAUAUACGAGCAUGCCAAGAAGGGCUGGAUGGUACUGAGCCUCUUGGAUGUCGGAAUUCUCUCGUUGGCUAUUAUACUGGCUUUCAGCUUCACAGGAGAGCGGCCUCUUCUUUCCCGCCUC